GAAGGAUGUCGACCACGACAGUACUUGUGGCGGCGACCCUUGGCAGUGUUGCCUCGUUGUACGCCUUCCGCCAUCAGAUCAAUGCAGCCGCGUCAAGGAUCAAUGCCAUCGUGCGACUGCUUGCCCUUGCCACGUCUUGGAUCGUCCGCUAUUCUGGAACACCCAGCUCAUUGUCCAAGUUGAACACGGUGGAGCAACUGGCGCCGAAUGUCAUCCGUGUGCUGGGGCUGAACCCUGGCCGCAUGACUCUGCAAGGCACGAAUACAUAUAUUGUUGGGACAGGAAAGCAGCGCGUGUUAAUCGACACGGGGGACGGGUCAAAGGCUUACAUGGACCUCCUCGUUGCGACGAUGCGUCGCUUCGACAUUGACGGGUUCUCGGACAUCCUGCUUACCCACGGCCACUUUGACCAUGUCGGGGGGUGUUGGGCGCUUCAAACUGCGUUUCCCAACGCGAAAAUGUGGAAACUGCUCACGUACUCGUCAACUGGAACGGCGUCAGUGUGCGAAUGUUCUGCCCACGUCUCCAACACAUUUGUCCAGGACCAAUUCCACAUGCAAGACUUGCAUGUGCUUUGUGUUUUGAACAAGACCAUCCAAACGGAAGGCGCUUCCAUUGGCGUGCUUCGAACCCCCGGACAUACCAACGAUCAUGUAUGCUUCACCCUGUACGACGAUGCAACCAAUCUGGUCGCCAUCUUCACGGGCGACUGCAUCGUUGGCGAAGGGACAUGCACAUUCCAGAACUUGACCGAGUACAUGGAAUCCUUGGAGUUGCUCAAGUCACAGGCGUCGACUACGCUGUACCCCGGUCACGGUCCAGUUCUUUCGAACGCCAUGGAUGCCAUCGAGGUGUACAUCGCCCACCGUCGCAAGCGAGAAGUCGAAAUCCUCGCUCACCUCUCGUCGUUGGAGAACGGUGCCAUGGCCACACCGGCCCAAAUCGUCGCGACAUUGUAUCCUGGACUCCCUUUCUUCUUGACCAUUCCAGCAAAACGCAACGUCCAACUGCACCUGAACAAACUCGAAAUGGAACGUCGCGUCGUUCAAAUACAACCACGGUCGUACCAAUUGGCCAGGUUACCAAGUACUACGUGCCGUGACGCUGGUGGUGCGAUUCACGGAGUUUUCACCCUGGAAUAAUUCGCAUUCGUUGCUGUUCGUU